AUGUUCCUAUUUAAUCAAUUUUAUAGUAAUCUCUUGGGAAUAUACAUCUUAGGGGGCGUCCAUAAAUUACGUGAGGUGUUUUUUAAAUUUUCUGUCCCUCCCUCCGCCCCUGGUGAUUCCGCGAAAGGUUGGUGGGAUGAUGCGUUUGCGUCUAGUGUUGCCAGUAUCGCGCGCGGAGACUGCCUCAGGUACAGUCGUGACCAUAUCACGAUCAAGGAAGAGGACGACGCUGCUCUGAUGAGGCGAGUUACGCACCCACUGUGCGCCAUAAACAGGCUGUUGUCCGCGCUGGGCGCGUGGCCGCGCGGCCCCGCCCCCUGCGCGCGCGCACUCGAGCGCACUCUGGCGGAGCACGCCAGAACAUUCGCCGUCAUCACCCUCGCCUUCGAGAAGGUGCCGCUAACGUCACUCAAGUCUUCAGACUCGCUACUGUACUCCCAAGUGACAAGUAAACAGCCUUCGUACUUGAUAAAGAAAGUUUGCGCUCUCUGCUAUACGUUGCGAUCGAAGAAUAUACCAGACGACGCCUCGGCAGACUUGAGAAGGUGCUAUAGACAGUGUUUGUUGGAGAACUACAAGUGUUUCUGUGCAGCGGUAUGCGUGUCGUGUCCCGCUGAGAAAUUCUAUGGGUUUCUGUUCGAUCCCACUGUGUGGGAGAAGAUAGUGGACCCUGAUGUCGUAUAUAAGUUACCAUUGCAGAGCCAGUGGAAUCGGGACCGCAAAUAUCACGUGACCGCUGCCAACGUGCCGAGUGGGGGGGCGGGGGCGGGGGCGGGGGCGGGCACGGGCACGCUGCGCACGCGCGUGUUCCUGCGCACGCUGUCCGUGGACCCGCUGCAGUACGAUUUGCUGCCGCCGCAGGAACAGGAGGACAACGCUCAAGAGUUAGAGUUGUGUAUAAACGAGCUGAACAGCGAACCGCUGGUGGUGUGUGUGAGCGGGCUGGUGAAUCAUGCCGCGCUGCUCGCACACCACGCGUGGAGGGGGGCGCUGGCGGCCGCGCUGGGGGGGGACGCCACCGGUACUAACGUCAAAUGGAUACUGGCACAGGUGAUAUACAAUUGUAGAGAUAAAUUAAUACCGCACGCUAGUGUUCUCCGCCCGGCGUUGCUCCAGUUCGUAGCUAAAACUGCGUGCGACUCUCGUCUGAACGGACUGCAUAUUGACGUCCUCGACACAGUAUUAUAUUGGCAAAGUCCUCUUCCUGAGACUUCUUACGAGGAUUUAGCUACUUCCAUAAUGUGUUUAAUGAACACGUCCAUAGACAAUGGUCACAGAACAUCUAUAUUCGGCUCUCUGUUGUCUAUGCUCGGUAAAUUGGCAGAACUUUAUGGAGCAAAAGAAUUACGCUGGGACGGAUUUUAUCAGUACUUCAAAGAUCCAAGAAAGUCGAAAUAUCUCCUGUCAGUGUUACUAACACUUGCCAAACACAAAGUAUAUAUACACAAUUUAUUAUCAACUUUGUCCGAAUUGGACGGAAAACUUUGGUCACAAGAGCCGAGACUGUCCGAACUGAUGGGCUACUUGUUGUCGUGCACGAAUGAGAGUGAGAGGGCUGUAUACCUGUCUCAGCACCGCAAGUUCCUGUCGAGGAGGGCGGGCGGCGUCGAUUACGUGAAAUUGUUAUAUUAUACACAGAAAGGCUAUCCACAGUUUGUGGAUGGAAAUAUGUUCAAGUAA